CGCGACGUAAAGGGAUUUUUUUUGGAAUUGUUAGAAUACAAAACAAUUGCAGACUCCACAAUUUCUAUUGUCAUGAAACCGCAUCGAUCAGGACCAAUCAACAGCCGAGAUCGGGAAGCACCCGAACCAAUGAAUUCAUCGAUUACGUGGAAAAGGGAAUUUACCACUGCUUAUUUGACUGACUCAUGUUUUCAGUGCAUAUAAAAGCGCAAAAGAAUCCGCGACGAAAUAUCGGUAACGAGUCUAAGCAAAGACUGCCUAAUGUACUAAAUCAAGGCAAAAAUUCAUUUGAUAUAUUUUUGAGGUAUCUUUUGGUAUGGCGGACUCAAAGAUUCUAGUUAACGCGCAUGAAUUCAACAGACUACGUUCUACCGUCUAUUUUCUUCUGCAAGAGAAACAGCAAUUGGAAUCAAAACUCAUCGGUGUUCAAGUUCUUACAGAUCAAUUGGACAGAAAAGAAGAAGAUUGUAGGAUUUUAAAGUUUAAGGUGCAAGAGUUUGAGGUUUUGUUGUCGAGGGCAGAGAAUCGUAUCGCUCAACUUACUCAACAAAACGGUAAAGGUUUUCAGAAAGGUGUUGUUACUCCUGGUGUCUCAAAAAAGCUAUUGGACUCACUAACUAGGGAAAAUACUAAACUCAAACUUGCAUUAGAGCAUGUUUUGAAUAAAACUCCUAAAGGAAUAGACCUGGCAGUGGAAAACCAUGAUCUUCAUGACAUGGUUAUGGCACAAAAAGACGAAUUAGAACAAGUAAGAAAAGCAGCCGAAGAACUAAGAAGUGCUUUGAGAGCUGUUGAAUCCGAAAAUACCACAGAGUUACGAGGACAAGUAGCAAGAUUAACAGCAGAGCUGACGAAUACUGAAAGAAGUCUCAAAGCGAAGCAAGUGUAUUGUGAAGCAGUCGUAAACGAAAAUGAGAGAUUAAAAUCUUCAAUAGAAGCAGUGAAAAGUGAAAGGAUAACACAGCUUGCGAUACUCAAGAAACUGGCCAAUGAUUAUCCAGUAAUCAAGGAAGUCAUUGAGAGAGCAUGGUGUGGGCCAGAAGACAAUGUAGAUGGACAAAAUGGACAGCACAAAGCAGAAAUUAUGAAACAUGUCAAAAAGAUUGAAGAAUUGCAGAAGCAACUGGAAGAAAAUGAAAAGUACAAAGGAGAUCUGGAAAAUGAAGUACAAAAGUUGAGAGAAAGCUAUGCGAUACUGGCUGAAGAAAUGCACCAACUUGAUGCACAGUCCAAGGCAAUGCUAGAUGGUUUCAUUGAAGAGAAUGAGAAACUUAAAGAUGAAAUGAGAGAGAUGGGUGCAUCAUUUGAAGAGGCAAACAUGGUCAAGGGUCUUAUGGAAGAACAGUGCAAAGGAUAUGAAAAUGACUUCAGGGCUGAACAAAAGGAGAAGGAGAAGCUCACUGCUGAAUUUAAGACACUCCUGAAAAAACUGCAAGAAACAACAGAGGAAAAUAAACAACUGAAAUCUGAGAUGGACAAAAUCAAAGAAUACUUCAAGGCAGAACUUGACAGGAGAAAAGUAUAUACUCCGCCACAACCUGCACCGCGCCAGAAACCUCCAUCAUUUCAACAGUAUUCGCAGAAUCGAUCUACAGUAAGAAAAUCACCCAGUCCACCACCACAGGAGCCAUGGAAAGCAAGCCAGGCAAGUGGAGGAGGUUACAAAGCUCCUCAUUUCAACCCACAAUACCAUGGAGUAGUGUGUUCAGAUGGUCCUGUAGAUACUCCUGGGCGUGGAUGCCUGAAGUGUCCAAUAUGUCACAGAGCUGUACCACAUGAGCAAAUGGAAGAACAUAUUAAUGACUGUGAUCAUACAUAAAUAACAUGAAGUCCAUGGCAGGGAAAAGUUGGAUUUUAAAAUGCGUCGUCCUGUAAAAUUUGAAAUCUAUUUGACAUUCUAGUACUGCUGCCAAUCAGUGUGUGCUAACUAAAGAAGGCAGUACUGUAGUUGCACUAGAGUGCUUUCCAAAGGUGAAUUUAAUGCAUAAUUCAUUGAUGGCCUGAACAAAUCUCAGCCUUAUGUGACCCAUAAGCAUGAGAAGGAGGAUGAGGAGAAUAACACAGCUUUCGACCAAGGAAAAGAUUGGAGUCAAGCAACUGACUCGGGAGAAUAUAAAUGGCUGGCCAUCCUUAUACAGCCCUUGGCAAAUACCAGAUUACACAACAUUAUUUUUGGAGAUUGAGAAUAUAUACUACAGAUCCAACCAAACUGUGGCAGCACAUCAAAAAUUAAUGUAGCUAACACACCCACAUUUAUCUGCUUUCACGCCCAUAAUUGUAAGUUUCAUCGAUAGGUAAGACUAGUGAAAAUGAAGGUAAAUUUGUUUUAAAUACCCAGGACAGUGAAAACAAAGUGGGUGUGUCAGCAGACAAAUGUGGGUGUGUUAGUCACAUGAAUUUUUGAUGUGAUGCCACAGUUCGAUGGGAUCCAUGUAGUAACAGUUCGUGGGUAGCCAGGAAGAUUGAACCACAUAAGAAUAUCUGGCUACCAAUAAUACAAGGACAACUGCACGAUGAAGGCCUAAUCUGUGAAAAUUCUCUGCUUUCCCUUUACCUAUAAUGCUUUAUGCUUUGAGGAGUAGGUAGAAGAGAAAAUUGUUAAUACUUUUACCUAGGCUGAUAAGACAAGUUUUUCUGCAUAGUGGGAAAUAAAAAUAAAUAUAGAAUUUUGGCAAUUUUGUAGCAAAAAUUUUACAAAUUCUAAAAGAUGAAUUUUACGAAAUUAAAUUUGAUCAACAAGAGUAAAAAAGAAAAAUUAUCACAGACAUUAUUAAAGAACAAUCAGCUGUGCUCCUUUAGAUAGGUUUUGCAAACUUUGGAUUUCUAAAUGCAAAAGAUUUCAUGGUUUUAUUGUUAGUAAACAAACUAAUAAUUAGACUGAAUAUAUAUAUAUAUAUAUAUAUAUACAAUGAUUUUCUUUUCCCCUUAAGGGAAUGGAACAUAUUUAAGUAAUAUUUUCUGAUUUUAAACCAUUUUUCCAUUAUCAGUUUUGCUAUUUUUAUAUACAUUACAUGUAAUGUUGUCAACUUACUCCUCAAAGCAAAAAGCACCACAGUUAAUGGGAAAAUAGAGAAUAAAAGCAAAUAGCACUAAAGUCUUCAGACAAAGUCAGGGAUCCAAAGAUUCGUUGACACCUCAGAGGUAAAUUGAGUACUAUAACUUAGGACAUAGUACAUUUAUCAAAUUCAAUUCAAUUCACAAAUUGGACUUUGCUUGUCAUUAUAUUGUUGCACAAUGAAAGUCUUCUACUAGCUCCAAACUCCAGCGGUGAAAGAGCAACUUCUAUAGCUUUUGGUUGGUUGAAUUAAUGACUGAUCCAACUUCUGUAAGCCAAACAUUUUGGCAACUUUGACGUUGUAGUAGCUGCCGUUGGAAACACUGACUUUUGGAGCUGACAGUCUCCAAUUUUGCUACAAAAUCGUGAGAAGCACAGUCUUGCACUCUUUCAAAUUUUGGCUUUUUCCGUGCACRAAAUAAGACAUUUUUAGGCUUUCUUAGAAUUUUCACCUCUCAUGCAGAUAACAAUUCUAGCAGCUGUACAACAUGUUUCCAAGCAUUCUUCCUGCAAGAAAAGAACAGUAUUUACUACAGCUAAAUGACAAAAUGGAAUGUGAUGGACUGCAGAAACAACCACCAGGGAUGGCAAUGGUUUCAUUGUACCACAAGAAAUCUUCUACAGCAUUUAUAUUUCUAAUGAUGCAUGAACUACAGAUUUAUUAUCUGAAAAUGCAUGGCAGCACUGAAAUAAACAAAAGAUUUUAUGCAAAAAAGGAAAAUUACAAACACGAAGAAACCACAUAAAAUAUGAGGAAAAGAAUAAUGAUCAAUAGGUGGAAUAGAGAUCGUACUGCCAGUAAACGUGUACAACUAAUAUGGUCACAAAAGAAAAAUGAGGAUGAGAUCAUGUGACAAAGUCGGAUAUUAUUUUUUGAAAAGAACAUCUAGAUGAUAGGACGAAAUUCCAAAAUUAGUAUAAAAAGUAAAAACAAUGGAAGGGGGAUUCUAGAAGAUAGUUAAACAUCAAUAUUUAUGAAAAAUUGAAAAUAAAAAGAAGACGAAGAAGAUGCAAGCAAAUAGUCGGACAAACACAAGUCUAGUAUAGCUUGUCGUAAAGCAGCAAAUUCUGUAUAUUUGUACAAAUAAGUGACUUAUAAUAACAUCAAAAUAUCAACUUAUGUAUGUAUAGUUUUGUUUAUGAUCCUCUAGUGUAAAUUGCUCAAGUUUUAGAGGUGAUGUUUGAUAACUAUAUAUUUUUAAUUAUUGCUUAUAUCUGUUACUUGUACAAAAAAAAAAAAAAAAGAAGUCAGUGAUUUUUUCACUAAAUAAAGAUGCGAAAUAAUUAUAAAUAGCGUCUAGUUGCAUUCAGAAGCUAGAGGUUUUAAUUCUGAAUAUUAUGUAUGAAAUGUUUCAUUUGUAACGUACUAAACCUCUCAAAAUUAUUUUCAGUAAGUGGGAAUUAUCACCCUGUGAUAAAUGUAAGUUAAAACGUACGCUUUUUCAAAAAUAAACUGAAUCUUACGAAAUGUA